GGUCCGGUAGACAUGACGAUUGAGUGUUUGCUCAGCGCUACAAUCCGGGAAUCUCGAGGAAGACAUAUUUCAGUCCGACAAUGUGAAGAAAAUUUGGUUACUUUGAAGUGUAACUGUCUUGACCUGGCUCGAACUCGUUUAGGGGUUCAGUCGAGUAUUCAGACGAACCAUCAAGAAGGCGCUUUGCACCGAAUCCCAAGCCAGUUUAGUCGUAGCCGUGAGGUCCAAGUUGGAGUGACAUUUGUUUCGUUUGCGGUCCAUUUUCACUCGAAACACUUGGUUGCACUUCAUUUUAUCAACUCUGUCUGGCUUUCAGAAACUCCAAAGAAGGUAAUUCAGCCUGCGUCUCGUGUCACUGUUGUCCGGUUGUCUUUCAGCGGCCUAACGCCAACUGGACACUCACUCCCAGACGCCUCCCGCCUCCGAGUUGGCACCGCAUGUGAAUAUCGCCAGUCCUGGCAACCCUUCAGGAGAAUUGUAGUCAAGGAGAUUGGCUCAAUUGUUAUCUUGAUGAGUUGCAACUCUGGAUCAAGGAUGACACUAUUCAUCAAUAAGACUGAAUUGAGCACCCGUGCUACGUCUGAAAAUGUACUCAAUUGCCAGUUUGAUGCAUGGAUAGCACAAGACCAAAAUGGCAGAGAAUGUCGUGCAGCGCCAAGGCGGCAUUGCGUUUUCUACUUCUCACAUCUUGACGUCCACAGGUCGAAAUGCAUUUCAGCUGCUGACGCUAUGAGGUGA